AUGGACUCCGUCGUAGCGUCAAAAAGACGGGCCGCCGGCGAGAGUGCCCUGCGUGCAAUCUCCGAGCUUUACGAUAGUCAGCAAGGACUCUGCAGCUCACAGGUCACCGACUCACAAGCCAUCGAGGGCUUGAUGGAGGACGAGCGAGGAAGCUCUCCCUUGCCUCAAGCACAGCCGCGAGACGAGGAACCGUGGCCCUUCAGUCCCUUCAUCAGUGAGACACCGUUAGCGGAUGCGGCACUUGAUGCAGAAGCCGUACCAAUGAAGACCAUCCAUGGGUCUACCUCGGAGACCAUGUCAAACGGAACUAGCAACAGCGAACAGAGUCAGUCGGAUGGCGAAGACGACGAAGCUGACCGAAGCUCAGCACUAGCAAACACAACGGGAUGUGACUUUGCUGUCAUCGCAGACAUCUCCGCAUCAACCUCGCCUGCCCUCAACACGGUUUGCGGAUUGACGCAUUGCUCUUGCUUCUCGUCGAUUGUCCAGCGGCUCGUACACCUGGAAAAUGAGUACAACAGAGUCAACACGUUACUGAAGGCAAUCAAGACGCAUGAUGCAGAGAUCGCUGGUCCGGCGCUGACUCCACCGGCUGGCUCUGGCGCCGCAUCAAGCAACUUCGCCCCCACCCUGUUGUUGAACACCGAGACAGCAGCCGACCUCAAGACCACGCAGGAGCGUCUCGAGGCAACGCAUACGCCCUCCCGCAAGAGACGGAGGACAUCUUCUCCCCAGCAGGCAUACGAAUCUUAUCACCUUACUUCCCAAGUACCAACCCCUCACAUACGUUCUCUGGACUCUCAGAUAUGGGACGCGAUUAUAGAAGGAUACGAAGACUAAGUAUUCGAUGUUG